AUGGAUUAUGACGAUGUUAUAGCGGAUUUAGACUCCUUUGUACUUCAAGCAAAUCAAGAGUUUUAUUCUGUUCAUCUUUCAAGUCUUCGUUGCAGGUGUAAAAUCCCAUUUUUUGACAAUGACACAUACGACGUACAGUCCGAUUUCCAUUUGGCCGCCAUAAAUAAGACGAUUCCUUUGAAUCCAGAUGGAACAUAUUCAUCUUGUACCGUUCUGAUAAAUGGGACAGAACGGAAGUGUUCCGAAUGGGUAUAUGAUCGUUCAAGAUUUAUUCGUACUGUAACGUCAGAUUUUAACCUUGUGUGUGAUUCCCUUUAUGUUCGUUCUCACCUGAAGAUCGCAUAUCUAGUGGGUUUUCUUGUGGCCUCCAUGUUUUCACAGAUUGGAGAUGUAUAUGGGAGACGGAUUGUUAUGUUAAUACUAUGUACACUCAGGGUUGCUGUUGUCUUUGCUGUCCCAUUUUCCAUUAACCCGGCGAUGUUUGGGAUUUUGAGGUUUUUUGAGGGAUUGACUUCUCUAGCUUUCUAUCAGAUGUCAUUUGUAACAGCUAUUGAAUUAGUCGGCCCAUCAGAAAGAUUAUUCACAGCUAACUUUUCUAAGAUGCUUUAUUGUAUGGGUGAGUUCCUGUUGAUUUUACUGGCGUUCUUUGAGAGAGAUUGGGUUUAUCUGACUCUGUGGCUGGCCAUACCGACUGUGCCCCCGCUCAUAUACUGGCUACCUGGUUUGAUUCCUGAAUCCCCCCGCUGGUUGACCUCACGAGGAAAGACGGAAGAAGCUACCAAGAUAUUACGAAAAAUUGCCAAAGUUAACAAAAUUAAAAAGAAAUUCGAUGCUAGUAAAAUUAAAAGAGAAGAAGAUCAAGGAGUCAAAGUGAUUUUAAAGGAAUUGGUACAUUCGAGGAUUCUCAUGAAAAGGCUAUUCAUAGUGAUUGCAAACUGGUUUGUGGCUGCCUUUAUAUACUAUGGAUUGACAAUGAAUGUUGGUUCACUUGGCGGGAAUCUGUACGAGAACUUUUCGCUCCUUGUGUUCGUUGAGUUGAUAGGAUAUUGUGUCAUCUUCUUCAUGAACAAGACAGGGCGGAAGCCAUUGCAUCUGCUGGCCAUUUUUGGAUGUGGUGUUGCAUCAGUCGGAUCAAUUCUUCUCAUUCUUUUUGCAGAAAAUACUCUGUACUGGCUACAUAUUGCCCUGUCCUUAAUCUCUCGGUUUGGUAUAUCUGUCCUGUUUGCUGUACUGUACGUAUACACGGGGGAAUUGUUUCCUACUGUCAUCAGAAGUAUCGUGAUGGGAACCGUUAGCAUAGGGGCCAGAGUGGGAGCUCUUAUCUCGCCUUACCUGUAUGACGUUACAGAUGGUAAGAUUGGUAAAAUGCUACCACUCAUCACAUACUCUGUUAUUACCAUAAUUGUUGGAUUGUUGUCCAUUCAGCUACCCGAAACAAACAAAAGAAAAUUGAUUGAGACUGUCGAAGAGGUCGAAGUGAAUAUGAUUAAAGGCAAAGGCAAAUUUACAGAAGAGGAGCCCCAAGAUACGGUACCUCUUAACUGGAAUCCAUCGCCUUAA